GCGUCAUAGAGAUGCAAAAGGAAACAAUCAUAAAUCAUCAAAAAAGUUCGCGGCAGGUGCGAUACAUUAACAACUCUUCCUUUAAGUUAAACAUCUGAUCUGAAUCAUAUAGCACUUUUUGGCAGGUCAGAUAUUUUUUAUCAUUAGUUUGAAAGGGAAUACUGACGCAAUUGGAUUGGAGAGUUUAAUCUAUACAUUUGUGUAAAGAAUAAUUUUGCAGACUUUGGAGGUUUAUUCGGACAUCUUUAACGUACGAAGUCAUGUCACCUGCUGAUGUAUGGGUGGGUUCUUGGAGACCCCAUAGGCCAAGGGGUCCCAUCGCUGCUAUGUAUAAUAGUCCUGGGCCAACGUAUGCUCUUCCUGGAGCAACUGGAAUGAACAACCAUGAUCCACGGAUGCAGAAAAACCCUGCGUUCAGCUUCGGCAUCCGUCAUCGUGAUUUGCAGUUUAACUCUUCCCCGGGACCAGGGUACCUCAUUCCAUCCAACAUCACCAGGGUGGGUCGAGACGGAACCCCUGCUUACUCUGUCUACGGCCGGUGCAAAGACAUUCAGCCCUUUCAAACCCCUGGACCAGGUAGUUACUCCCCGGAAAAUUCGAUUAAGAAAGUGUUUUACGCUGCUCCUGCUUUCUCACUGUCUGCAAGGACUAAAUUGUUCCGUAAUGACCAGACACCAGGACCGGCCGCAUACAUGCUUCCCCCAGUGUUAGGGCCAAAUGUUGUGAGUAAAUCAGCCGCCCCGAACAUCACCCUCAGCGGCCGUAGCGCUCACGGAAGUUUCCACGAGGAUUUACGGAAGACUCCAGGUCCCGGAACGUACCAAGUAGUGGAUUCUGGUGUGUACAAACAAAAGGCACCUCAGUAUAGUAUGACUGGGCGGAACCUCAUGCCGGGGGACACCACCAGGAGACCAGGACCUGGGGCCCAUCAUCCUGAAAGGGUGACCUUCACACGAGCCAACGCUCCAAGCUUCUCCUUUGGAAUUCGUCAUUCGGAAUUCACUGCCCCUAUAAUUGUAGACGGUGCUGACUAACCUGGUCAUUUCUGUCAUAAUAAACCGUGUUAUCCAUCAAAAUAUA